AUGGUAGUGCCAUUUCCGAAGUAUCUUCCUGAUGAAGGCAUUGGUUCAAUGAGUCCUGAGCCAAGCAGUGCUACAAUUAUUGAGAAUCCUGAUCAUGCAAGGGAAAUGGUAGAAUUGCGUGUUCAACUUGGUCGUGAACGUAAGCUUCGGAUGGACUUGGAAGAGCAAGUACGUUCGUUACAAGGUCAACUGUAUCCUGAACCACAGCAAUUGGUACCACUGUCACUAAUGCAAGAGACUGCGGCUGCUGUUGCACAUCUUCAGGUUGUUUCUGGCUCUGCUGUACCUGCCAUUGGUCAGACAACAGUCGUCACAAGCUCUUCUCCUGUUCAUUAUAUGAGGUCGCCCUCCCCACAGAUGAUUCUACCACAUCCUGUGGAAAGUCCCCCUCCUACAUGCAUUGUUCGAGAUGCUGGCACACCCACUCCACCUCCUGCUCCCCCAGCUCUAUCUCCUCCCCCUGGUGUGGAACAGAGGCUACCAAGCAUCCUUGAGGCUGCAAUUAAAGCUGAGCCGAAGGUAGAAGUGGAAAGGUUGCCAUCUCCCAGUACUGCUUCUGAUGAUGUUACCCCUCAGUCGAGAUUGUAUGCUGCAAGCACAUCUCGUCAGAAUCUGGAGACCAUAGUGGAAGCUAUACGACACCUUGAGGGAGACCAGUUCAUCAAUGAUGGUCCAACAACAGCUGUCAGCCACACUAGUCCUGUGGGUGGUCACCAGUUGGUUGUGAGUGAACCUCAGUCACAACAUUUGGUGGAGCAGCAGCCCCAGGAAGCACCCCUGGCACUCACCACAACUCACAGGCACGUCAAGUUGGAGGUGAACCCUUCUUACCUUCACUUUCACCCUUCCACAACAGUGCAGCGGGUGAACACCAUGUCCACUUCAGUGGUAACGGCUCUUCAGCAGCAGAGACCAGGAGUAAUUGUCGUCAAACAUACGUGAUCUGUUGUUUCACUUUGACAUUUUCAUUUCUGCAUUACUGUAGUAUACCCACCUUUAAAGUAAUCCUUCUUGUUCAACUGUUGCUACUUAGUGUUCCAUUGUUACACUUCCUUUGGGGAGUAAUAUUUGAGACUAGCUCUGUUUGCUAAUUUUCUUCCAUAUUUGAUGCAUAUUCCAUUUCCAGUAGCAUAUUGCUGUGGUGGAGACGUUUUAUAAUAAUAAUAAUAAUAAUAAUAGUAAUAAUAUAAUAAUUAUGGAUUUUUUUUCCUCUGUCCCACUACAAAUUACAAUGAUUUUGAAUAGCUUUAUGUCCAUACUUACCCUUUAACAUAGUUGGCACUAUUUGUCGAUUUAAAAGGAGUAUGAUUAACAACACUUGUAUUAAGGAACCUUAUCAUAGCCCUCUAAAUUGUUCACUUUUUGUGUUUGAGUGCUAUAAUUGAUAGUUCCUGGGGAAAUUAUAAUAAUCUUACAAGUGUUCAGAACAUACUUGUUUUAAUCAGACAAUAUUGCAAUUGGUUUUAAACCACUUUUCUACCUCUACUGCGUCUUGGCUUCUGCUUUUUUAAUUAAUUUUCGUUUUCAAUAAUUUUAAUACCACCAGUUGCAAACAAGUUUUAUUUUAUUUUUUUAUUAUAAUUUUUUUUUUAAUUUAAAAAAUUGUUACUUGUUUAUGAUUUGAAUUUCAAUAGAGAUAAUUCCUUUUGUUUAUUAUCAAGUUAUAAUGUCAGGUAAAUGCAAAGUCAUCAUGAAAUUAAAAGUUCAUCUCUCUAAUGGUGGCUGAAAAUUUUACUGUUAAUGAGUUAUGAUAUAUGUAUCCAAAUGUCGUGACGACAACUAAAGCCAUUAUGUACAUGUACAGUAAAAAAAAUUGAUUUUGGAGCUAGGAACUUUUUCAGCAUACACAUCCGAAUUAUAAAAUAUUUUCAUAUGGAGAGUCACGCUAGGAAGAUGAACAUCUUAGAAAAAUCCAUGCCUGAUAAACAUUUUGUUUUAUUUACUAAUUGUGAAGAUCAAUACAUUAUUGUACACUUUUAUGCUUAAGAACUUCAUAUUAUUGAUCAUAUCACAAUAUACUUCAUAACAAUGAUAUGUUAAUCGUCAACUUGCCUUCAGUUUUGGGAAUUCUUCGCUCUUACCAUCAGUUUCCAAAGUGCACCAAAUAUGGUAGGAAGAAUUUUGGGAUAUAAUAAUCUGGUUCUCUGUAUUGACAUACUACUUCAAUAUAUAUACUUAAUUUUCUUUACUUCUAUUCCUUACAUGGUCUGGCAUGAAUAUUUUUGUAGUAACGAAAAGAAUGGGUUGACAUUUUCUUGUUUCAAAUCUAAAUGCCAUGGCAAUGCAAGUUAAAAAAAUUCUUCAGUUGUGACAACGCCGUGUUACUACUAUAGAAUUGAAUUAUUGACUAUUUAUCAACUUUUUCAAAUGGCCUUUUGUCUUGAGUUUAUUUUCACUUUGUUAGAGCAUUACCUGUGUGUUUUGUCAGUCAUAGUGUUAUAUGUGAUAGUGCACUGUCAGUUGUCGUAUAUUCAUGAUAUGACAUGUAAAAUGCUAACACCUAUUCUGCUCCAUAUUCACUAGUGAUGAGGCAAUUGUGGUUAUGAAGAAAUACAUAUGGGGUUGAUAUUCAUAAGAAAAUAGCCAUGUGCUCAAAUAAUUGACAUCAUACCGUAUGCAUUCUGAUUAUGUCUAUGGAAACAUUUUGGUAUCUUAUAGGUGUCGAUCUCAUAACUAUUUCAAUUAGACCAUAAUGCUGUAGGACAGGCACUGCAAUUUUCAAGCUGUAACAGCAAUUCAGUUGAUUCAGUUGAUUAGUGCACAUAUACACAUCUAAGCUAAUAUCACCUGCAAAGUUCUAGGGGAGGGGGAUCACUGUAUACGAGCUGUUGUGUUUGAAAUGUUUGUUAUCCACUGGAGAAAAUUCUGAAAAUAUUUAAAUUUAUUUUCAUUUAGAACGUUGGUACAAGUUGUUGAAUCUCUUCAGUUAAUUAAAUGAUAACAAUUUAUUUUGUAAAUCAUCAAGAAAUGCUUGUGGAAGAAAGCCAUGAUUAAUCAGUAAUGUUUCAGAAAAUUGUUAGGCUCAUUAACUGAGAAUUUCCAUUAAAUUUGAGAUUGCCUCAAUACAAGUUGUAGUUUGAAUAUGUCAUGUAAAAGUUGGGCAUGUAACUUCUGGACAUUUAACCCAUUCAUCAUUGGCAUAUUUCAAUUUCAACUGAGGUUUUAAUUAAUUGUGUGUGGAAGAAGCCAUUUUUCUUAUAACAUGCUCAUCUAAUUUUUUUAAUAUUGUGUUCCUAUUCCUCUAAUUUUUGCUACCAAUAUCACAAGCUAAAAUUAAUUAUAUCUUGAUGAUAUUUAGAAAUUUCAUAGGUUUGUGUUCUAAAUAUAUUUUGAUUUAUAUUCACAAUUGGGUAAUUUUAAACAAGACUGACUGACUGCUCAUUCAAAAGAUUAAAUAAUGAUGGAAAUUUUAUGGAAUGAGGAUGUAUUUUUAACAUCUCAUGGCAGUAGUGUGGGUACUCCUUACUCUAUUGUGAUAAAAGUUAAAUGUAAUUGUAAUUUAGAUUUAUCUCUUUAGUUCAGCAUUUCCUAAUUUUAAGCCAUCCUCUUACCAACAAUUUAGUCUUUAUCAGAAGUAUACUGUCCAAGUUAAAUUGUCAGUUAAAGAGUAGAUCAUUAAUUUCAGUGCAUUGUUGCACCUGUCUUAGUGGAAAUAAAUAAUUAACAGUUAAUUGCUAAGGCAAUAUUAAUACAGUUUUUGUGAAAUCGUAUAGGCUGGGGAUGUCAAACUUGCAGGCUGCAUGUGGUCUGCAAUAUGUAUUUUUGUUGCUAGUAGUGACCAAUAGUAACUAAUGAAUUCCUUUAUUGUAAUUAUGGUGCUGUUUACUCAAUAUUCCCCUAAUUGUGAGAAAUUAACUGAAAGCAACAAUAAGUCUGGCAAGAAUCUGAAUUUAGGAAUGUGGUUAAAAAUUUAUAUAAAGUAUCAAAAUACGAUGCUUAUCAAUUAAUAAUUUGGAAUUCUUAUAUUUGGUCGUGAAUUUAAGUUCCACGAUAUCAUUACAAUUUCAGCUUCUAUUUGUUUCAACUUGUUUUUAAUUUCAUAUUUAUUUAUAUAAAUAUACAAAAAACAGAAAUUUGAUAAAUUAGGGUAUAACAUAAAUACAUGUUGUAUGGCCAUUGUGUAUUUACUUAUUAGAAAUGUGGCCCAUGUCUGAUAAGUUUGACCCCCCUGAUGUAGGCACAAUGUUACUGUGCAACAUGAAAAAGUGACUAGUAAGCUUUCACCUGCUAAAGGUCAUUCUUUAUAACCAUCCUAAAAGUGUCUCCUAAUUACUAUUGUUAGUACAGGGCCGGACUGUGCCACCUAUCUGAUGAUCCAAAUGGCUAAUUAGAAAUUAAAUUAAUAAAAUUAAAAUUUUAUUAUUGUUAUAAAAAGUUUUCUUCUUUAUCCUUGUACUUUUGGAAAUAGCAUGCACUGAAACCAAUGAAGAAUUAUCAGAAAGUUUCAUUUUUUAGUUUGAAAGAGCUUCUGAAAUACUCGGAAUCAGGUAAUAAUUAAAAAUUGCAUGAUCUUGCAAGAAUUCUAAAUAGCUUGAUCAUGUGUUUGAAACAUGUGCUAUUAAUAAUUUUAAAUUAGUAAAAUAAAGUCAAAAUAAUAUUUUUAGAAUAUAUAUCUAUGUUAUGUUUUUGUGUCACCUUGUUGAAAAAUUCAAUAAUUAAACAUUUAUACAGAAAUGUGUAUAGUUCAAUCCACUUUGUUACAUUGUGCAUGGUGUGUUGUGCUGUAACUUUUACAAAUUUGUAACCAACCAUCAUUUUGUGAAUGUUGGCUAUGAAUAGUAUCCAUAUUAAAUACAAUUAUUGUGUUAUUGAUAUAUCUUAAAAUUCAUAUUGUAUUGAAAGAAUGAAAAUGGGGCCCGUCGGUUGCCAGUCCGACCCUGUGUUAGUGUUCAUGAUAUUCAAUGUAGUUGUUCAAAGUUUUUGUUCUUGUAUUCCAUAGUGAUGAAUGGUUCAUGUUGCAAUGUCUUUCCGUAUGCGCUGAAAAUGUCAGCUCUUAUAUAAUUGAUACCAGGACCACCCAAAUUACGCCACAGCUCUGUUUCACACUUGUGACUGGAGGUGUGGUCUUAAAGGUGAACUUUGAUGGUCACUUAUACUGUGGCAUUGUAAGCAACAAUCAGAACAUACAUGUAAUUUAAUGUAACACAAUAGAGAGCAUACCCAAAAAACUACUUUGACAUACCUUGAUUCUUACACAUUGGCUGAAAAGUCAUUAUUUAUUUGUCAUCCACACAAGUUGUGUACAAGAGAUGCCCAUAAUUUGCCCUGCUGGUAGUUAAUGAUAACAUAUUUUUUCUGCUGAUCUAUCUACAAAACAGAUCACACAGUCAUGUAAAUUAUCUGGACAUUUGUAAGGAAUCCAAUUGCUGAAAAUUGUUUCCAAAAGGAAAGUGCAUUGAGAAUACAGAACUACUAAUAUAAAAAUUAAAUGUUACAUUUAUGCAUUGGAUAAAGCAACAUAAAUUUUGUGCAUGAAUAUUUUUAAAAUGCAAUGGCUAUAAUUGAAGUUAAUGUUACACAAUUCAGUGUUGCGAGUAAAGAAUUUUUUUACCUGAAGAUGGUAAAACUAUCUGUAUCAGCCAGGAUUUUUCUCAUUGUUUGUUGUCAUGCUGCAUUAACUGAUCUGUGUAUUACGAACAUCACUAAGUUUCUAUUGAACUUCAUUAGUGAGAACUGUUUGUGUUAAAUUUUUGCAAUGUACUUUUUGAUGGUCUUGUGUGCCAUAAACAUGAUUGUACACCCAAUUCCAAGUAUUAUGCACUCCUUUAUGAUCCACAGUUUCAUGUGAAAAUAUUAAUAUCUAUGCCUUUUGAUUUCUUGAUCAUUUAAUUUGUCUGUGAUGUUCUAAAAUUUAAAUUAGGUGUACCAUUUUUAUAUGAUUACAGAAGUACCGUGAAAAUACCGUUGUAAAUACGAGGAAAAUUCUCUGGUUCAUAUUUUGCGUUCCCUUUUAUUACCAAAAUUGCUUGCUUUUCCUUGUACAUGCUUUCUUCAUCUGUCUAACCCUUUUCUCACUAAUCUUCCAUUCUCUCUUUGUACCUCUUCAUUUAUAAUCUUGCUAUUUCAGUCCUUAUUACGUAUUGAUACGAAGGGGAUCAAUUACCACUUCUUCCUCCACAUUUGCACAUGCAAGCACAUAAUCGCUUCUAAUUUUGUUCUCUGUAUCUGUAUUCUAUACUUCUGCUUAUUUGGUUACUACAUUCAAUACUCCAGAUUUUGUGAUUGCUGCGUAUGUUACAUCAAAUUUCUAUUCCACCCAAAUUUUUAGAUUCUUCACUUACAUCAUAUGAGUUUGAUUUACAUUACUUUAUAAAUUGAACUGGAGUUAUUUUCAUGUUAAUUUGUUUAGCAUAUUAAAUGAGGAUUGACCUUAUAACAAUGGAUAGUUUAUUAUGAACCGUGUUGGUAAAUUUAAAGAAUGUUGUUGUUUUUAUGAAAAGUAUGAGAUCGUGUAUACUUCAGGUAUUGGUCAGAUUAUAAAUCUUGCUUCUUGUGAAAUAUUGUGGAAGAAAUAAUUAUAUUCCCCGUUACACCCCCAUUGUAUUCUGACACAGCCGUUGACUUGCUUGAAACCUAGUUGUAAUGAUUUGCUUCUGUUGUCUGUGUACAAUAAAUUAAAAAUGAGAGCACUCAACUUGAGAGAAUAUGAGUGUUAACUGGAGGUUAAAUGUAUUGUUUCUUUCUGUAACUGUAUUGUUUCACAUAGGUGUAAACAUAUUAGAAUUGUGGCAUGAUAGGGUGUCAUGUUGGAAAAAGUAGUUACUAAAUUUGAAAAUGCAGGCUAAAGAAAAUAUUAGUACUUUCUGCUUUGGUAUUCAUAUACCAAUAUUUUUAUGAUAUCUUGCAGAAUAUGCCUGCCACAUACAAUACUUGGCUCCCUUUGUACUUGAGCUGCUGGCAUUCCUGUCUGCCCUGUUCCAUUAUUACUGUUUCAAUCAGAGGUUUAGAUUAUUGGAGUUUACAAAUUAAUGUAACUGGUGAAGGCAUGUUAAAAUUUCAUGUUGCAAUGUUCCAGCUCCAUUUAUGCAAGUUAAUGCUGCAGUAACAUGUAUCUAAAUUAUUUUAAAGAAAAUUUUAGGCAAUCAGAAUAACUUUUAGGAUUAUCUUUGAGUUUUUUCAAUUUCAAAUGGUUUCCGUUUUUACAAAAGUUGUUGUAUAGUCACAUAUGAUCUUUUAAAUAUAAAUUUGAAUCCAUUUGGAUUUACCUGAUGGUAUAACUUGUGUUAAUCACAAUUUUUAUUAAUAGCACUCAAUUUUAUCAUAUCCAAUUAAAAAGAAACAUCCUGUGCAGUGACUAUUGUUCUUGGUGGUAAAUACAUGUUACUGUUGAUUUUAUUUUGAUGAAUUCUUUAUCAUUGUGUAUAUAUUCUCUCUGGUACUAUCUUGCUCGAGUUUUCCAGUAGAAUGGCAUAUAUAAACUUUAUAAUAAAUUAAAAUGUAUCCGUUGGUGUAGGAAAUAGCUUUAUUGUUUCCUGGUUUAACUUACAAGACUUAAUUAAAAUGCGUUAUUUCAUUUUGUGGUUGACUUUCAUGUUACUAAGACUUGAUGUAAUUUGUAAUUUUUUUUUAAAUUUUUUAAUUAAAAAAAAUAUUUUCCUGCCUUUCCAGUGGAGUUUAGUCAUAGCCACAAUUUCUACCCAGUGAGUAAAUUAGUAGAUCCCUUUCAGGUAGCUUUGAGCUGAGGGGUUGGGCAGGGGUCAUCUCAUCUCUCCAUCAGUAUUUAUUUUUCAUGUGCAUUCAGUCUGUUCUCUGCAUUGGUUUUCGUGAUAUACUAAGUUGCAUCAACGAAUAUAGUUUUGAACAAAUUGUUCAGUUAAUUGUGGAUAAUUCCAUGACAUGGAACAGUGAGAUGUAUUAUACAUACUGGGUAGAAAUAAGGAUGUGGCUUCUAUUUAAACUUAAUAAUGCUGUGUGUUUUUUAUAUUAUAAUUAUUAUUAUAAUUACUAUUAUAUAUCAUAAGACUUGGCAUUUUGUGACAUUUUGUUCAAGUAAAGUUGUAGCUUUGUGAUUGACAUUUUGCUAUAAUUUUUCCUUCAAGACUUUUUUUUUAUUUGUAUAUAUAUUCAUUUAUAUGUAAUCGUAUGAAUGAGGAAGUAUGAGACUGUAGUCUUAAGACACAUCGUGUAGUUUUCAAUUGUUUACGAAUUCUCAUUUGCUCCAUUUGGCAUUUUGUAGAUGACUGUUAGUGUUACAGUUAUGUUGUACAGGUAUUUAAAAUUAUUUUUGUGUAAUCAAAUUUCUUAUUUGGGAAUGUUAUUCUCAAAUA